UAAAGUAAUCAGAUAGUGGCAGGUUUUUAUCACGAUCUAUGCGGGCCAAAUUCGCUACGAGGGUAAACCGAGACUCUGCAGUUGUGACUUGUCAUUUGCUGUACUGUACACUGUGCUGCGUGCUUCUCUCCGUGUAUGUGUAUCUUUUUUUCUACCGUACUUUUCUCAUUUGUAAUUAGUGUUCUGUGGCUAUAAAUCUCGCAAAAUCGAUGAGGAAAACCUGAAUUCUUCGUGAUUACCAGCGAUUGCACAAUGGCCAACCGCGAUCGGCGCAGUACUUCGUCUGCCUUCACGCGCCGCGAUCAGCCGCCGCAGCAGCAGCAGCGCCGAUCGCCUGAAUCAUCUUCACGUUCAUCAUCGCAGCAACAGCCGCAGCAGCAGGCCAAACACGACCAACGACCUGCACGCGCUUCUUCGCGCCGCUCUUCGCCUGGUCGUGCCAUGGGUCCCUUUCGACGGGACAGUGAUUAUCCGAAGAAUUCGCAGCCGAAUUCCCGGAUGAUUAAUCGGAAUUAUCGGGAAAAUGUGCACCGUAAGGAGCCGCUGGAUCAUCGCCGCAACAGCAGGCGAACGCGGUUUAACGGAUUUAACGGGAAUACUCAGCAGCGACACCCGCCCCCGGCGCCCCGCCGCGCCCUCCUGGCCACCCCGCCCCACUCCCCGGGCGGCCGCCAGCACCCCCCGCGGCGUCCCUACCCGGGACCUCACCACCACCAGCCGCAGCACAACCACCCCAACCCCUACUACCGCCAUGCUCGUCCUGCUCGUGCCCGUCCUCCUCCUCAUCCGUGGACUGCGGCACAGUCUGCCGCCGGCGCCGGCGGCCCACUGGACGGCCCUGCUCGCCACCCAUCUGGACCUCCUGAUCGGCCUGUGGAUUUUUUUGAAUAUGAUGAUUUUCCAGAUCAUUCUCCAGCAGCAGCGCUGAAAAUCAAGGCCGAGCAUCCAACGCCGCAUCGGCUGUCGCGCUGGGAUCGGGAUCAGCGCCCCGGGAGUAGGAAGCACGAGACGGAACCGAUUUCUGAGGAUGAGGGCGUACGAUGGACGGGUGAUCGAAAUUGGGAAGGUGAUAGGAAGCGAUCUCAUGCCAACAGUCCGGUGGAUAACGAUUCUGCGCUGGGAAACACAUCGGAGAGCCUGCACACGGACGAUGAGGAUCCUGUUGAAAGGGUCCUGUAUAUUGACGCCGAUUCCCAGGAUGAUCAGGUUAUCGAAACAGCUGACUCAGCGCAAACAUCACCGGCUGAUUGUGUUGCGAGCACACCGGCAGUUGUGACAAGCAGUGUUCCGGCGAUCGUUUCAGACGAUGCUGCGCCGACGAGUGUGGAUGCUGUGCCGAUAGUACCGGAAACGCCGGAUCAAGUGUUGGAUAUCGUGGAAGAUCUGGUAACUUCCAGCGUGGACGACAGCGGACCGACGGUGACCGCCGUGGACCAACCCCCUGAACCCGAUGCCCAACCGGACACCGAUCGCCUUUUAUCGGAUGUUAGCACUUUUCCGGAACCCCUGGUCUCCCCGGCCUCACCCACUCCGGAUGCCGAAAGCGACAUGGAAUGCGACGUAUUCGAGGAAGCAUCACCCAAAUCAGUCCAGCCGAUGAUCCAACCGAUGCCGAUUGUCCAACCGAUUAAAUCCCCGUCACCGAAAGAGCCUGUGCGAAUGUUCCGCAAGAAAAUGAAACCGAUUCGCCGCCGCGCGGCCUCCUGCCCCUUAUUCGAACCCGACGAGCAUAUCCCAUUGCGGAGCGUGAAGAAAAAGGAAGAAGAACCGGAGAAAUUGUUCACGGAGCGGAUCCGGGAGCUCUCCCCGGUUUCGGACGUCGGCGAGGCGGAAAACUCCUUCGAACCUCAGUUACUGGUUCCGCCGUUGUCCGCGCUGGAGACGUAUGUCUUCCCGCAAAUCUCAUCCGGAUAUUUCAACCUGGAUCCGCUGCACACCGUCCGAUCGAAAUUGACCCCGUCGACGCCGGUUCCCGCGGGAAUAAUCGCGUCGGGUGCCGCGGCGUUUAUCGAAAUCCUCGAUCGCCUGAACUCCGAUGCCGAUCUCUCGUCAGAAUACGACACGCUCUUCUCCCAUCUCCAAACCCACCUCCAGUGCGCCGUGGAGUAUUUCAACUGGUUCUCCCCGGCGGAUCCGGUUGCCGAGCAACUGGGUGUCCAGUUUGUCAACGCCAUGAAGUCCUAUCUGGCGGAGACGAAAAGCAGUCCGACGACGGCGUUGGAGGUGCUGUUGAGCGUGAUGCUGCGGGUGGAGGGUGUGCCGGAGUGGAUGGGAGCAUCGGGGCUGGUGGACGCCCUGCUGGAGUGCGGUGGUGUGGCGGGGAAUGUGUUGGAAGCGUGGAUGGUGUUGGUGGGAAAGGCGAAAGACGUAUUGAUGCGAAUGGAGCCGCGGAUGAAGAAAGUGGCCGGCGGGCGACGCAGUGCGUUUGUGGGACUGUGGGAGCUGCGGAUGAGCGUAGAAGCCGCCGUGGAAAUUCGUUGGGUGCAGGGAGAGAAUGGCGGGAAUAAUGCCGGUCCAAUUAUGAAAGCGCGUUUGGAUGGCAUCUACGGUGCCCUGGAGACGCUCCUGACCAAAAUCACCGACUAUCGCAACCUCCAGCGUGAACCUACGAUACAGUCUUUCCUCGAUCCGCACGCCGCCAUCAUUGCCUGUCUGGACCAAUGCAAAUUCCUCCCCUGGCUGGCCGACAUCCACACCCGCAUUCUGGAGUUAGACCAGCGCGACAUCACCGUCUGGCGCAUACGCAAACUCAUCUCCGAUCUCCUGGACACCCUCCUCCACAACGAACUGACCGGGGCGUACCUCCUGAAAAAAUCGAUAAAAAAUUCCACAAAAAUCCUCUUUGACGGGUUAGUCAGGAGCGGGGAUAAUCUGGAGAGCCUCCGCACCGCGCAGAAGAUGGCCACCGCCAUGGAGACCGUCCGUUGCAUCGAUCAACUGAUCGUGGAGUCGUACGCCAACACACCGGAGAUGGUGACGCAGCUGGCGUCCCUGGUACAGACGGAUGUGACCGCGGGGAUCGCGGCGAAUGUGUUAACGGGGAAAUGUUGUCAGGGGGUACUGCGGCAUUUAAUGGAGAAGGCGGAACGGGUGCGACCGGUGUUUGAGAUCUUGGUCAACGGGGUGAUUUGUCAGCCGGAGCGUGGAGUGUUUUUGAUUGAGUGCCUCGGGGAGUUGGCGGCGUGCUACCAGCAGCGGGAGGAUAUGGUGCAGUACUGCGCGCUGACCUGUGCCGGGGUGCUGGCCAAGGAGUUCCGCCAUGAGCCGGUGAAGGCGCGCUUUUUCCAGUGGGUGGUCAGGGAGUUGGGGACGCUGCAGAUUCAGAGUAUUAAUGUGCCGGACAGUGUCAUUUACGUCCUGCUGGACACUUGCGUCUACUGCCUGACGUUCUGUCUGAAGUCGCAGGAACGCGUGGCGUUGGCGCUGCAGGGCAGCGGCGCCGUGGUAUUCGUUAAUUUGCUCAAGUCCGUGCGUGUUGUGAUUGAAAGCAUUCUGAUCUCGACGACGGUCCAGCCGGCCUCACCGUCGCUCAACAUCCAGCUGUGGGAAUCCGCCUGGAUUAAUUGUGCCAAAAUAUUCGCCCUCGCCGUCCUCUCUGGAGUUAUUCCUGAUUCAUUGGCUAUUCUGACAUUCACUGAAAUGGUGAGUUUUUCCUGCCGAGCGGAAUUGCCGGUGAGAGACGGCUGCCGUACGGCCGUUCAGAAGGAACUGGCGCGCGGAUUGAAGGAGAUCGUGCGGCAGACCUUGUGCAGCCUGAAUCCCGACGCUCUGUACUCUUCUGAUCUGUACAAACACGUUCACAUGGCGAUGUGUGCGGCCACCGCUCCCGGUCAGCCGUUAGCCAGUCUGUGGGCCUACCUGGCCAUCGUUAACCGACUGCGGCCCGAUAAUCUCCACACGGCGCCGGACAUUGUCAGCGAUGAGUGGAUCCGCCGACGGAAUAACUGGGAAGCGCUGGUGCGUUUGGAUUUCACCCGCCUGAAGUGCAUCAUCUGCUACGGCCUGUCGACGAGUAUCGGCUACGCGGACGCUGACUUCCGGUUGUGGUUGUGGCGCUACUGCGAGAUGUCGGCGCCGGCGGCCUACGAAGCCGUCUCGGUGCUGUGGUGGACCUGCACGGUCGCCAUUAAGGACGGCCUGCAUGAAGAGAAGCUGGCGCUGAUUCUGCAGAAGUUGGCGGCCCUUUUGCGCGUGGAUAUUGUGCGCACCGUGUCGCUGUAUCUGCUGCAGCCGCGGCCGGAAACGACCACACCCGAUGGGCCGUUGGAAUAUAUUGAUAAUCCCAUCGGCUGGCAUCCGAAAAUGUUUGACUAUUUCCUGACCUUAUUAUCCACCGCUCCGCUUUAUACGAAGAACAACCAGCUGCCCUCCCUGCAUCCCGUCUUGCAGAUCAUCACCGCCCUCCUGCCGCCCUGGGCGCCACCCCACACCCCGCCCACCCUCCAGCACCACGUCCCGGCCAUCAUCAGCGCCGUCCUCGCCCGUCUGGAGACCAAACCCAGCAUCCCGCUGCUCGCCACCUGUUUCCCCUUCUUCCACAUCCUCCCCUACUACCCGGACGUCUUCCUGACCAAGAACGCCAAGAAACCCCUCCUGAACCGGCUCCUCCUGGAAUUGGCGCGGGAACUGCGUGCCGACCCGCGGAACCCCGCCUGGGUGGUGCUGGCCCACCGCCUGGUGGCGGUCUUCCGGGAUUUGGGUGCCGGAGGGCGUGUGGAAUGGCCGGAGGUGCGCAGUAUGGCCGGGAUGGUGGUGGCGUACACCCGGGGAUAUGAUCGGCAGCGCCCGACGUACCGCUUGAUCCAGAACCUCGAUCCGGAGCGGGCAGCGGUAGGGGAUGGAGAGCCGGCCACCCCCGAGGUGGCGGAGUUUGUGGGGCUGGUCAAACGGAUGUUGGGGGAGUUUGCUGCGGAGGGGAAGAAAGGGAAGGGAAAAGAGAAGGAGAAGGAGGCCGGGAAGGGGAAGGAGAUGGUGGAGUGGUUCCGGACGUAUGUCGAGGAGAUGGCCGGGCUGGAUGGGGCGGCCUAUGAGCGCUGGCAGCAGGAACAGGUGGACCAGGCGGUAUACAUGUACAGUUCGCAAGCGGUAACCGACAAAAAGCCAGCGGUCGCGAAACAACCGCUCGUCCUCCUCAACGACGCCAUGAAGAUCGAGAAGAUGCUGUCCGACUGGAUGCGCCGUCAGAGCGGUCCCGUGGCGUCCACCUCGACGGCGGCGGUGUAAUAAUGAACGAACGCCCGUGGUAUUUAAACUCUAGUUGUUUUUGUUGUUUGAUAGCCUUUUGAAAAUUAAUGGCCUUACUAAUUCUCGGUUGCGGCAAAUUAUAGUUCCUCUUCUGCCUUAUAAAUUAACAAAUUUAUUUUGGAGAUAGAUUAGUGCACAAGUGGCGAUUGAUAAGUUGACUGUUAUACUGGACAGAUUUCUGUUUCGGAUGGCGAUUUGUUUAACGUGAUAUAUAGAACCGAUUCGCGUUGAGUUUUUGUUGGGAUUUCUUUGUUUUACGGUGUUCGGAGAUUUAUUUUUAUUGAUGGCUAAUAUACUGGAAUGGAAUUCUGGGCAUAAAUUGUUUUUUGUGCAUUAAAAAUGAGG